AUGGCCAGUAAACUCGACAUCCCUCCUGGCAAUGUUCGGACACCGAUUGAGUCCUUUACUCUUCAUGCUCCCGAAGGAGAGUUGGAAAGAUUCAAACACCUGCUUGAAUUGUCGAACAUUGGACCUCCUACAUGGUGGAACCAACAAGAUGACUCUCAUUUUGGCGUCUCUCGUGACUGGCUGAUCAAGGCGAAAGAGACUUGGCUUUCUACCUUUGAUUGGCGCAAACAUGAGUCAUAUAUCAACGAUUUCCCAAAUUUCAAAGUCACCAUCAAGGAGCCUGAUUCCUGUCAAAUCGAUGUUCAUUUCGCUGCCUUGUUUUCGAAAAGGGAAGAUGCUAUCCCUAUCAUCUUUCUUCAUGGCUUUCCUUCUUCCUUCAUGGAUUUUCUUCCCAUGAUGGACCUACUGAGGAACAAAUAUACACCAGAGAAUUUACCUUACCAUAUCAUCGCGCCCUCUCUUCCUGACUAUGGACUGUCUGGAAGCUUGAGUCAGAACAUGGAAAUGACUCUAGUGCGAGCUGCGAGCAUCAUGAAUGGCUUGAUGAUUGCGCUUGGAUUUAAGAAAGGAUAUGUCGCCCAAGGCGGGGACCUUGGUAGUAUGAUUGCACGCCUCAUGGCCGUCAACCACAAGGAAUGCAAGGCUUUUCACGUCAACAUGCUCACACUUGAACCCGGAAGUGCGCCCCUUUCCACCAACUGCCUAGCCCCAGAGGAUCUCCGUAUCCUAGAAAGGACUAAAGAAUGGCAACAGGAUGGGUUGGCAUAUGCUCUCGAACAUGGCACUCGUCCUGCUACUGUUGGCUUGGCCAUCUCGUCUAGCCCAAUUUCCCUGCUUGCUUGGCUUGGGGAGAAGCUUCUUGAAUGGACAGACCCUCGAGAGCAGCUCCCUCUUGAUACCAUUCUUGGGCUAAUAAGCUUCUAUUGGUUUACGCAGACCUUCCCCCGGGGUCUGUAUCAUGCAAACCUCGUGAAAAGUUACUCUGCGGGUAUUCCGCAUCCGAUUUCGACUGAGAAGCCUCUGGGGUAUUCAAUGUUUGCAUACGAUCUUGCUGUGCUACCCAAACCUUGGGCUCAAGAGAUAUACCCUAAUCUAGCGUUCUUCAACGCCCAUUCAAAGGGAGGCCAUUUUGCUAGUCUAGAGCGACCGAGUGAAUUUCUAGAUGACAUUGAACGGUUUUUGCAGGCAGUCGGCGGAUUAUUUGAAGUGGAAUAG